AUGAGUUACAAGACCAACUAUGAGCUCUACUCUCGAGGGAGCAUUGACAGCAGACGGUCACCACCACCAGAUGAGCUUCUCUCGCCGUUAGCAACGCUCUACCCACAUGUCGCGGCCCUGCAGCCACAGUACAACCCCAACAGCUGCACCUUCACCGGUUACCGUGACACGGGAUAUUGGGCCGCGGCCUACACAACACAACCUAUCGAUGACCCCUUCAUGUCAACGCGUCGUAUCAGUGGUAUGCUUAACCCUAUGGUCGACCAUGUCGAUUUGUUUCUAAAUUACGCCGACUCCUCAGCCGAGACGAUUUAA